UUUAAGUGUCAGACGCUUGUACUAGUGGUGUACUUGCAACCGCGAAAAUUGUUUACAAAUAUGAAACAAAGUCGUGUUGGUUGUGUUAGUUAGAAAGUAUAAUUAACUAACGAAGUUGUGUGCUGUGAUAUGGCGGGAAUAUGUGAAAUAUUUUAGUUAUUUUUUCAAGUUUUUGUGAUAAUAAAAAAAUUGUUUGUAAACAAAUGUAAAUAAAUUGUAUGUAACGGUGAAACGAAACCGACCAGAUGGCUCAAGAGGGUUCCAGUAUGGAGAUGGGCACCAGUGACCAGGUCCUGGUCGCCGCCAAGAAGUCGAAGAAGGUGAUAUACAUAGUCGGUUUCGUAGCCAUGGUCGCUGCAAUCGCCGUGGUGGUAACUCUAGUAGUCGUGCUGUCUGGUAACGAGGGGGACGCGGGCGUGGUCACAACCACCACGGCCGGUCCUACAACGGUAACGACGACCACGACCACGACGACGACCACGACCGUGACACCGGAUCCCGCGCCCACGACCGUAACUGAGCCGACGACCAUACCGCCGAUAACGGAACCGCCUCCACCAGAAAUCACCUUGGAUGAUAUCUUGAAUGGAGAGUUCAGUCCCGCUUCCUUCACAGGCUCUUGGACUUCAGGAAACCAAAUAUUAUUCCGUAAUGCGAAUGGCCAUCUCGUGGUUUAUAAUGUUGACGAAGACAGCACUACUAUACUGGUCGCCAAUUCAUCCGUGUUCUUGCAAAACUCAUCAAUCCUUAAUGAGGUGUCUCCAGAUGGACGUUAUGUGGCUCUCUCUUUUAAUGAAGUUCCGAUUUACAGACACAGUUUCCUAGCCCAAUACGCAAUAGUAGAUACUCUUAUGGGCAACAUUACAUACAUUGCUCCCCCUGGAGUGGAUGUCAAUGAUGCUGGUCUCCAGAACUUUAGAUGGGGACCUUCUGGGUCUAUUGCUUUUGUGUACGAGAACGAUGUUUAUUAUCAAGCCUCUUUGACGAGCGAAGCCGUGAGGAUAACUACUAGCGGGCAGGAUUAUAUCUAUAAUGGUGUUCCUGAUUGGGUGUAUGAGGAGGAAGUAUUCUCAUCGAACAACGCUCUUUGGUUCUCAAGCGACGGCAAUCGGUUAGCUUUCGCAACGUUUGAUGAUACUAAUGUAAAGAUUAUGAAGAUACCCACUUUUGGUAUUCCUGGACGGGUUGAAUAUCAAUACACGUAUCAUAGGGAGAUACGGUAUCCUAAGUCCGGUACAACGAACCCCACUGUGACGGUAUCUGUCCGUGACUUGAACAGCGCCGCUCAAACUGUUUACAACGCACCAACCGAUCUUAAUCAAGCAAUCCUAAAAGACGUGACAUUUAUAAACGCGAACACAAUAGCAGUGAUGUGGACGGAUAGAGUUCAAACACAAAUGGUGGUCGAGCUUUGCACGCAGGGAACUCUUGCUUGCCAACGAAUUUUCAGCUACACUCAAGCAAAUGGUUGGAUCGACAACAUUCCCAUGAUUUUCAACCAACAGGGAAACGCAUUUAUUACAAUUUUGCCCUUCGCAGUAAACAACGUGUUAUAUAAGCAAGUUGUGCAAAUAACUCAAGGCACGACCGCCACAGCGAUGUGGACGAUGAGCAGCCGCUCCAACACUGCACACACUGUUCUGGAGAUCAUGACUUGGACUACUAAUAAUGUUAUCUGGUACAAAGCAACCAGCGUGAACGACAGCAGCGAACAACACAUAUACACAGUGAGCUCUACCGGAGUCGUGACUUGCUUCACGUGUGACGUCACUCGCACUAGCGGUGGGGAGUGUCUCUACAAUGAUGCUGUUAUCAAUGAAGAGGCUACGCGUGUUACUGUGACGUGUGCUGGACCAGAUGUACCGCAGAUAUUUAUUUAUGAUGUGAAUGGCACUCGCAUCAGAACCUGGGAGGACAACGACAAAGUAUCCCAACUGGCCAACACUAUAGAGAUGCCAGUUACUCUCUCUAUGUCUCUAUCUCUGGGCGCCGGAUUGCCGGACGCCCAAGUAUUGCUGCAGGCGCCGCCCGACUAUAGAGCCCGCAGCAACGUGCCGCUGCUGGUCUACGUCUACGCCGGCCCCGACACAGCACAAGUGACAAAGCGGUGGAACGUCGACUGGGGCACAUCACUAGUGAGCCGGUACAACAUUGCCGUCGCUCGUAUCGAUGGACGAGGCUCAGGGUUGUCCGGUGUCGAUAAUAUGUUCGCGGUGAACAGGAAACUGGGAACUGUGGAAGUGGACGACCAGGUUACUGUUACUAGGUUGCUGCACGAGCAGGUCCCGUGGCUGGACAGCAACCGCACGUGCGUGUGGGGCUGGUCGUACGGCGGCUACGCGGCGUCGCUGGCGCUCGCGCGCGGGCCCUUCCGCUGCGCUGUCGCCGUCGCGCCCGUCGUCGACUGGCGGUUCUAUGACACCAUCUAUACAGAGCGGUACAUGGACACUCCUCAGAACAACCCCGAGGGUUACGCGAACUCUUCACUCCUGACACCUUCCGUUGUGGAAGCAUACCGCAAUAAGCGUUACUUCCUGGUCCACGGCACAGAAGACGACAAUGUGCACUACCAACACGCCAUGUUGUUCUCACGAGUGUUGCAGAAGAACGACGUGUAUUUCACUCAGAUGAGUUACACCGACGAAGAUCACGGCCUGGGAGGAGUCAGACAUCACUUGUACCACGGCCUCGAGAAGUUCCUUAGAGAAAACAUGUUGUGAACAAAACAUUGUCUAUUUAAAUAAUAAAAUAAAUAAACUAAAACACGUGUGUAUUAAACAGUUUUACUACAAAUAAUUAGCAAUACUUCAUUCUGUACUAUUUUUCAAAUAUAGUUCUUAAACAUAUCUGGUACCUAACUAGUGGAGAUUUUAAUUUCUCCGAGAUAUAUUGAAUAUUGUAGAGUAUAUUUUCAAAUAAAUCAAAUAUUCGUAUUAUUCUAGUAAAAUAUUAUGAAUGACACUUUCUUCAUAAAUAUCACAAAUUAGUAUAAUAAUUGUCUGGUCAUGUAU